UAAAGACUUGUGGAGCAAUCCAUUUCACUGAAAGGGGAAUUCUUUCACGACAAUUGUGACAUUUCUACACAAACAUAAGAAACGGCAUUGGGGGAAAGUCAAUAUGCUUUUUUUUCGUUUUACUGUAACUUAAUAUACCCUACAGAAUCAAAAAAAUAAGUAUCAAAUAGUUUUGAGCGUUUACAAAAAAAAGUCAUUGACCCCUUUGGGGCGACUCUAUUAAUAGCAUCAGCUGUUGCAAUACAAAGACGAGCUACUCGACGUAUUGUUCCGCAGAUGUGGGAAGCCCGACUGCGGCGCGAGGGCGGCGGCGGAGGGAGCAGCGGCAGCAGCGGCGGCGGCGGCGGCGGCGGUGGUGGUGGUGGCGGCGGAGUGAAGUCAAGACGGGCUUAAAAAAAAAAAAAAAAAAAAAAAAAAAGAUGUCGUCUUGAAGGCUGUUUUUCGCCUUCACGUCUGUGGAGCACCUAUCGUAUAGACCGGUGCAUCGUAACUGCCAAACACGAGCCGCCCUUACACCUCUAUCGCCGUCGCUGCCGCUGAGGGGUAGCCAUGGCGACCAGCGCGGUGCCAAGCGACAACCUGCCAACGUACAAGCUGGUCGUGGUGGGAGACGGCGGCGUCGGCAAGAGUGCGCUCACCAUCCAGUUUUUCCAGAAGAUCUUUGUGCCGGACUAUGAUCCCACCAUAGAGGACUCCUACCUUAAACACACAGAGAUCGACGGACAGUGGGCCAUACUGGACGUGCUGGACACAGCCGGUCAGGAGGAGUUCAGUGCCAUGCGGGAGCAGUACAUGAGGACGGGAGACGGCUUCCUCAUCGUCUUCUCGGUGACGGACAAGGCCAGCUUUGAACACGUUGACCGCUUCCAUCAGCUGAUACUACGGGUCAAAGACAGGGAGGCUUUUCCUAUGGUGCUGGUGGCAAACAAGGUGGACUUGGUCCAUUUGAGAAAGAUCACCACUGACCAGGGCCAAGAGAUGGCUGCAAAACAUAAUAUAACUUACAUUGAAACCAGUGCCAAGGACCCUCCAAUGAAUGUGGACAAGGCCUUCCACGAGCUGGUCCGUGUUAUAAGACAACAAGUCCCCGAGCGAAACCAGAAGAAGAAGAAGAAGCUGAAAUGGAGAGCGGAACGAUCCACAGGUUCUCACAGAUUCCGCUGCGUCAUAUUGUGACCUCUUUCCUCCUCAAAUCAUUCCCACAUAACACACGAAUACCUUCGGUUGGCAGGGAACUCCCCAGUAAGUCCAUGACUACUGGAGCACAAAAAAAAAGGGAGACAACUGGGGGGGAGGGGGUCUUUCGCCUCCAUUUUUCCAUGGAGGAUUUUGAUGUCGUACCCCCGUUAAUACUGAACCAAAAGUACUGACAUGUUUAUUUGGUGUUUUCCAAUGUGGCACAAGGAAGCAGACUCUGGGGGGGGGGGGGGGGGG